UGGUAGCAGCAGCAUGGUGAAGGAGAAGCCAGCGUGGAUAAACAACAACAACGACACUUUGUGGAUUUAAACUGUUAGUUGUAAUAACAGCUACCUGUAGUUUGAGAUUUGAUCAUCUCUAACCCCGAUUAGUCAAAGGAAAGCAGCUGAGACUCCGUUACACAAUGCCUCAUCGAAAGAAGAAGUCGUUCAUAGAGAAGAAGAAGGCGGUGACCUUUCACCUCGUGCACAGGAGUCAGAGAGACCCGCUGGCUGCCGAUGAAAAAGCCCCUCAGCACGUCCUGCUGCAGACCGGCAAGGUGGACGUGGAUAAGCAGCUGGAGCAACAGAGGGAGUUUGGAGUGUUCUUUGACGAUAACUACAACUACCUGCAGCACCUGAAGGAGCCGGCGACCCCCUUUGAGCUGGUGGCUGCCCGCACCUCACACACUAAAACAGGCAAGACCCCUCUCAAGGAUGAAGAGGAAGACAAAGAUGAUGAUGAGGAAGACGAUGAGGACGAAGAGGAGGAGGUCAUUGUCCUGCCUGCGGCCACGCUGAACCUCCCCUCCUCGGUGUUCGCCUCAGAGUUUGAAGAGGAGGUGGGUCUUCUGAACAAAGCCGCUCCGAUCUCAGGCCCGCGGCUGGACUUGGACCCCGACAUCGUGGCCGCUCUGGACGAAGACUUCGAUUACGACAACCCCGAAAACCAGCUGGACGACGACUUCAUCAUGAAAGCAAACGUGAUGUGUGGAGCAAUGGAAGUAGAAGGUGGCGAUGAGGAAGAUGAAGAUGGAGAUGGUGAAGGGUGGGAGGACACAGACGAGGAAGGAGACGUUGACUCAGAGUUUUCUGACGAGGACGGAGAGAGACGCGCUAAAGAGUUUCUUUUCAUGGACGAGGAGACGAAGAGUCGCUUCACAGAAUACUCCAUGUCCUCGUCGGUGAUGAGGAGGAACGAGCAGCUCACCCUGCUGGACGACCGCUUCGAGAAGUUUUACGAGCAGUUUGAUGACGAUGAGAUCGGAGCGCUGGAUAACGCGGAGCUGGAGGGCUUCAUCCAGCCGGACAGCGCUCGCCUGGAGGAAGUCAUCAAAGACUAUUUCAUACAGAAAGGGAAAGAAUACUUGAGACCUGACGACUUGGGUCCUAAAGAACUUCCUGCCGUGAAGGAGGAGGAUGAAGACGAUGAUGAUGAUGAUGAAGAGGAAGAGAUGGAAACCGUUGUUAUCAUGGGUCCAGAGGAGAAGUGGGACUGUGCAACCAUCAUCAGCACAUAUUCCACCAUCUAUAACAGACCCAAGUUGAUUCAGGAACCACAAAGGACGAAGCCAAUCCGAGUGUCCCAGAAGACGGGCAUCCCUCUGGACGUCCUUCCUACCAAAGGCCUGACCGCUAAGCAGGCGGAGCGCAUGACGAGGAUCAACGACUCGGACCUGCCUCGAGUUUCCACCCAGCAGCGCAGCAAGGAGGAGAGCACAGAGGAGAGGAAGCAGAGGAAACUCGCCAUCAAGGAGGAACGCAAGGAGCGGAGAGUGGAGAAGAAAGCCAACCAGACGGCGUUCAAGGACGAGAAAGUGCGGCAGGAGAAGCAGAUGUUGAGCCUGAGAGCCAACGUUCAAGGCAUGAAGCUUUAAUAAACAAACUCUGCCCACACUGACUUUCUUUUACCCCGCUUUGAGGCGCCAUCAGUGGACUCUUAACUUCAGUGGAGCUGAGAAACGAGUCCGAACAGGGCGACUGACGGGGAGAGGCUCCAAUCUCCUCGAAUCAUCACCAGAUGCAACUUUAAAAAGAGGAAGAAAUGAACUUUAUCUACAGUUUACCAGCUCAGGAUUAAUACAUGCUGGGUGUUGAGUAGAAGGAUUAUUAAAAAGUUUGAUUUGAUUUUGUUUUUGUGAUCAUAUCUUGCUUUUGGAUAUUUUGGGGAAAAAGGCUUUUAUUGCAGGUGAUAAAUGAGAGGAUUGAUACCACUCAUGUCUGUACUGAAGCAGCCCAAUGCUAACUUAGCUUAGCACAAACACUGGAAACAAGUGUAUACAGUAAGCCUGGCUAUUCUGAAGCUCACUAAUUAAUGUUAUUUGUAUCAUUAGUACCUUUUAGUUUAUAGAUGUUUGUAUUGUAAGACAAAUGCAUUUUGGCUGUUCCAUAACUGUUGCUGGCGUUUUGACUUCUCCAUGCAGCUUGGAAGUUGAUACAUGUGUGUAAGAAGCACAGGUGCAGAAUGCAACAACAACCAAUGGCCAUGUUAGAGGGGUAAAUAAGACUGUUACUUUAUAAAGUGAUUUUGUUUAAAGGUC